ACCUCAAUGAACGCCGACGCAUAUCUGCGCAAGCAAGGCUGGAAAGGCUCAGGUCACUCCCUUGACUCGACAGGCCGUGGCAUCAGGAAGCCGCUACUCAUUUCUCAUAAGCAGGAUCAAUUGGGACUCGGCAAAAAGAAGGCAGCGUACACGACAGACGAUCAAUGGUGGAUGCGCGCGUUUGAUGAGAGUCUACAGUCUAUUGGAACAGGUAAAGAGAGCACACUCGACCAGAUCCGCACCAAGGGCAUCAACCGCGGCGGUCUAUACGGCUUCUUUGUGAAGGGCGAAGCCAUCAAGGGCACAAUCGAAGACGAGUCAGCGACCACCACGGAUACAUCGAUUCCACCGUCUGGUGCCAGCACGCCCCCAACAUCUGUAUCCGAUACCGAGGCUCCAGCACGCACCAGAAACAUGUCCGUCAAGGAAAAUAAGCGUAAACGCGCUGGCACGGAUGUGUCUGGCAGCAGCAAAAAGACAAAGACCGGCUCCACACAACCAAAACAUAAAAAGGAAAAGGAAGCACUAGACAAGAAGGACCAAGCCGCUGUGGCCGCAAAGCUCGCCAAAUUGAAACCCUCGGAGAAAGCAGAGUACGAGACUCGCGCAGCCGCAAAGAACCAGACGCUUCAGCAGUACAUCCUACGCCGCAUCCAAAAGAAAGCCGAAAAGCGCGAAACAAAGUACGUCGAACCAGCCGACCCUGCUCUCUUCUUCACUGACCUCGAAGGUGACGCCAACCUCAUCAAUCUCGCACAAUCCACCACACCCAUCACCUACACGCCGCUUCCGAACAGAAUAGGAUCGCCCGACUCGACGAAAAUGCAUAGCCAAGACUUCGAUAGCUUACCUAAGCCUGUGAGCAAAGCGCAGCGGGGGGAGGCGAGACAUGAUGUGAAGAGCACGACAGAGGAGAGCAAGAUCGAGCAAGGCGAUGGGAGUGAUGACGAGAAUCAGACAGCCAACAUAGCCUACACGCCGCUCGCCGACGGCUCCUGUCCACUCGACCCGACGAUAUGGGAAGGCCACAAAGCAAAGUCCUUGCCAAAACCAGUCAGGAAUGCUCGACAGCGUUGGAUCGCCCAACAGCGUCUCGUUAAGAAGCUUAAAAGGGUCGAGGGGGGAGAAAGAAAGGAGCUAAUUGGCCUGACCAAGGCCGAGAAACAGCUUAUAAAGGAGGGGUCGCUAGAUAAUCAGGGUCUUGAUCUGAAGCAGUUUGAUCUGGCGCAAUGGGGGAUAGCAGGGUCGAAGGCAAAACUUACAGUGAUGGAGGAGAAAAAGAAGAAGGCGAUGAAGAAGGCGAUAAAGAGGGAGCUGAAGGAGGGGAUGAACAAUGGGACGAAGAAGGGCAUGCAGAAGGGGACGAAGAAUGCGAUGAAGAAGGAGUUGAAGGAGGAACUGAAGGAAAGGAUGAAGAAGGACAGGGGGCAAAAGGAUACAAACUGACUAAGGAGAAGGGGCCGGAGAGUAGUUGAAAGGAAAUUGCGCCUUGGGCCGGUUGAGAGCCAUUCCUAGUCACAAGGGCACCGGCAACGGAAGCACAUCCACCGGCUGUUGUGGACCUUUAAGCAUGUCAAUCAUAUAGCGUGUAUAUCAUCUACCACUCGAACCCACCUCGAUCAAGCGCAACUUCGUUACCAUGACUCCUCCCCUCCCGCUAAUUACAACCAACAAAUACUUGUAGCACCGUUCAGACCAACUCCUUAACACCCCUAGAAGAUAUGCACACUCAUACUCACCCCGUCUUCCCACUCAAUAUCCACGGCCUCUUCUCCCAAAACUCAUCUCUAAUAAUAUCAAUAUGCUCCAUCAGCACUUUCGCUUUGCUCCUCUUCUUUCUCUCCUUGUCCUUUUGCGUGCGGCUCAUGUGCACAGGCCGGCCUUCGU